AAACAAACCGACGCCAUGUUUUAGAGCAAACUGCUCAUAAUGAUUGGAUAUUUAGGAAUAUCAAUGGAUUGAACAAAGCCAGCUGAGAUUAUUAUAGGACACUGAACAGUUCUUCUCUUCUAAUUCGUCACAAUUUAUCCUAUACUUCUCAUUCUAUACUACAAAAAAUUAUAACGUUUUCCUGAAACAUAAACAUAAGCUUAUCUGGCAAAACUACGAUCAGAAAUGAAAUCCUCAACAAGAUCAAGUCACUGGUAUUUUAAAAAAAUCUACGAACAAAAGCCUUAUUCACCAUCAAUUUAUAACUCCGGCAAGGAAGCUUAAAAUAAAAUCUAUGGCUCAACCAUCGAAAUAUCAAGCUCAAAAAGAAGUUAGACGAUGGAAUGUGAAGGCAAAGUAUGGAAAUUGGACAGCACAGAAUCCUCGCAGACCAUUAGGUCCAACAUUGCGCACAUCUUCUGUCACUAGACCACCCCCAAGUAUUGAUACUACAAACCCUGCUAGCCGCAAGUCAAGUCUGGAUAGUUUGGUUGAUUCUGAUUUUUCUGAUACCUCUUUCUACGAUUUUCCAUCAUGGUUUGCAAAGAAUCCUAAGAAGACUUCACUUGGUCCUAGCUCAACUGUAGGUGUAGUUGUACCACCAUACCAUUCUGAAUCUUUUCAUGCUCACGCCUUCCCAGAACACAGAUUUCAAGGAGAAUCAACUUCCAGACGAUCAGAUGGCAGGAGGCCGAUAUCAGGCCUGUCUAAAUAUCCCCAGCCAGACCCUCUGACUAGUGAACAGAAACCUCUUCAACAGUACUACAGACCUUAUUACAACCAGUUUAACCCAUACAGUACUAUGAAUAAUACAGGGUACAGUCAACCUUUAGAAAAUGGUAGUAGGCAAAAUGGUACAGGACAGGACAGUCAAACACAGUACCACAAUGGUAGACAUGGUAAUUACAGUGCAAAAGAUGGACAACAAAAUACAGAAAUGGUACAAGAAUAUGUACCUCUAGUUGCUGUGUCACCAGACUUGAUUGACAGGACGAGAAGUCCUCCGACUGCAUCACCAUCAUGUUCACCAGAAAGUGAUGACACCUUGGCUAGAAGUUCCUCUGGUUUUGCGUCUGACAUUGAGAGCCCUAGGAGUCUUAAGUCAUGUCUUGUUGAGACACCACGAGGUUUGGUACAAAGUGCUAUAGGGGUUGAUUAUAGGGGCAACUAUUCUUCACGGGACAAUAGCUUUAAGAGGGAACACUUGGAUGCUAAAACAGUCUCUUUUUCUAAAAACGGCGUAUCAGAGAAACAUCUGAAUGGUGGCCAUGGCCUUGGUCAGGCACCCAGGGAAAGCGAGUUUCGUAGAAGACUACAUAGUACUAGAUUAUCCUCUAAUUCUACAUCAUCUGCCAUUAAGCCAUACCAUGUACAGAGCAACGUGGUUGACUCUAAUGGCUCACUGUAUUCCUAUGACAAGAUGUCUUCAUCAUUGCCUUACACGACUGCUUCCUCACAGUUAAGUUCAUCAAUCUACCAUCCUCAAUCUCCUCCCACAAGAGACGCGAGUAAAGUUAAUACCUCCAAGUCUUUGUACUUGCACCAAAACAAUAGCUCUGUACCAGCAAUGUCGUUAUUCGAAGAAACAGGGAUGGUUUUCGGAAAGCAUCUCGUACAGACUCCAUCGAGAAACCUUCAGUCUAACCUCAAUGGAGGCGCGAGUUUUGAGAAAGAUAAACAGACAAACAUGUACAAGUUACAAGAAACAAGGUAUAAUAAUGAGCUGGUUCUGAAUAAUGGAAUGGAUGCAACAAGAAGGAACAAGCAACAGGGACCUCCAAGCAAACAGAGUUUUCAUUCGUUGAAUAAUGGCAAACGUGAUCCCACACUGCCGAACCACGUAAGCCUUGUAAAUUCAUUUUCUGUUGAUACGUCACGUCGUAUUUCGUCGGCUGUCUGGGCCAUGAAGGUCCUCGAAGCUGAACAAACCACCACUCCUGCACUUUAUCAACAACUCUUGUUAAAGGCAAGACUUUUUCGACGCUGGCAUCAAAGGGCACGUCUAAGGAGGCUUGAAAGAAUGGAGAGCGAUAAUAAGAUGAACAAAGCGGUUGAAUUCUGGCGCGGAGUUACUCUUCAUAAGCACUUGUCUGCUUGGAAAGAACUAAGACAUAUACAAGAGACGAAGGCAGAUGACACUUAUCGUCGACACAUGUUGGAGACUGGACUGAGAGGGCUUAAGUUUGCUACUCAUGUUAACAGCCAAGCUAGAAGGGAUGUGGAGACUAAGAUUAAUGGACGGCUGAUGGCGAAGUAUUGGCUAAAGUGGCAGGGUCAUAUGAUGAGGCGAAGGGGUGAGAGAAUGAGAUCCUUAUUCAACAGGUGGAGGGUGUUCCAACUGGAAGGAAACAGGGAAAAAAUCUUGGAUGGCAUGGCCAACAAGCAUUUCAUGUCUAGAAAAUACGUGAAAUGGAAAAUGAGAUAUCAAGUGGAGCAAAACAACAGUGUGGCGAGACUGAACUUCAAAAUUACCCUCCUAACAAAAUGCUGGCAUUCCUGGAGAAUCUACACAGCUCAACGAAUCGUCAAAACACGAACAAACGAAGUAGCAAGGAUCCACUAUGAGAAUAAUCUCCAAACUCGUGUGUUCCUCCAAUGGUUGGAAGGCAGUAGAAAGUCCUCUAUUGCAAGCAAUUUGUCCAAAAGAAGAAUUGUCGUAAAAGCUUUUUACUCCUGGAGAAACUGGACAGAAUAUGCCAAGGUUAUCCACCAGAGGUUCCAGAGUAUGUGUAAGGAAUACUACAAUAAAAGUCUUGUAAAACAGACUUUCAUUCAAUGGAAGAGAAAACUGAUGGUCAAGCAAGCAGAGAAUUUCCAUGGAAAGUUGCUGCAGAAGAGAGUCUAUCGUCUCUGGUUUUUGAGAUAUCGACGAAAAGUCAUCCACCGCCAUCUUUGCAAAGCCAUGGCACGUAAGGGCAAGAAAAGACGUUUCUUCCGCAAGCUGCUGGAGGUAACAAGAUCACAACGAGAAAGACGUAACGCUUUUGUGGGUAUCUUGCAAAAGUUGCUUCUCACGAAGAUGAUGAAAACUUGGCGGGAACACACUAUAAUGAAGAAGUCGUUGAGGAUACGGUACAUCAGGUUGAUUCAGAUCAAGGAGUCUCGUCUCACCGUCAAAGCAAUGAAUCAAUGGCUGUUUGCUAUGAAAGUAGCGAACUUCAAGAAACAGGCCAAGAUCAACUGGUCUAAGCGAUGUACCAGAAAAGCAUGCGAGGAAUGGAAGCUGUUGCUGAAAAGAAAGCACCUCGAAGAGACUUUGAUUGAGAGCAGACCCACACGGGAUACAUGGAUUCUACGAGUGGCUUGGAAUACGUGGAUGAAGAAGAAGAAGAUAGCGAACCAAGAACUUGAAAGAGUCAUCACAGUGAAGACCAUCUUGGCAAGGAACUUCAAGCGUCGUAUCUUGCAGGCCUGGAGAGUGACCAACCAACAACAGCAGAUCAUUGCUCCAAUGGUUCAAAGGCGAGAACGCAAGCACAUCGCUAGAGCAUUCGAUGCAUGGAGGUUGUACCUUCACAGACAAAAGUAUAUCGUCAACCAACAAAGUAGAGGCGAUGAGAAACUCGUGGACCGACACUUCUUGUACUGGAGAGAUCGUGUGAUGCUGAGGAUCAAGGAGCGCAAUGCUGUCACAAGCCUUCAAAACUCCAAGUUAACAAGAGCCUUCAAAGCUUGGCAAGCCCACGUGCGUGAAAUUCGACACCAGAAACUGAAGGAGCGAGCAGAACGGCUUCAACUCUUGUCCGUUUACUUCAACAAGUGGACGAUUAGCGCUGAAGCACGUGCAGAAGAAAAAGAACAACGACAAGCCAACCAGGCCCGUAAAGUUCUUCUCGUUCGCUGGGGAUUCCGGUACUGGAAAGAAUCUUCAGAGCGACAAAGACUUCGUUUGAAUCUGAUAGAAGAAGAGGUUACGUCCAGUAGGAAUCGUUUGGCCUUGAAGCGGUUUUUUGACACCUGGAAAAGAUGGUUCACUGUAGCUAACAUUGCAAGAGAUCACAUCGCAUACCGAAGAGACAACCUCCUACGCACUGCCUUCACUGCGUGGGGUAACUUCAUCAAACAAGAGAUAAACGAACAAGUCAAUCGAUUCAGCACAGGACUAUCCCUUGACUGUUCCAUGGGAUCCAAUAUGGGAUCGUUGUUGCGUUCUACCAUGGAUUCGUCGGCUUCGGACUAUUUAUCGUCUUCUGGUUACGGGACUUCGUUUAGGCGAGGAUCGGGGAGUGUGUUCCCGUUGAGGAGUCCUGGUAUCAGCCAACGAGAUGAUGAUCGUGAUGGCACGCGGUUAAGAUGUCUAAGGGCUUGGCACUUGUACGUGAAGACGCGCAGAAUGAAGGAAAGGCGUAAUGCAGAUGCGAAAAAUUUGAAUCGAUCCUUUCUGAUCAAGAGAUUCUUUGAUGACUGGAAAAACAAGUAUACCGCAAAGAAAAGAUUACAGACUAUCGUAGUACAGUGGCAGAAGAAAGCUAUCAUUACAGAUAAACACAAGGCGAUUGGAGAGAAGGUGCAGAUGAAACAUGAUCAGCAGGCAUUAAGACGGAGGUUCUAUUACUGGGUGAAGAUGACGCGUAAGAGUCAGGAAGCCAGACGGUUUUACUUGGAAAGAUUGCUUCCGAGGUUCUUCAUAUCCUGGCACCUCUAUUCGAGCGCACGAUCUGAAAACAGAAAGAAAGGAGCUUAUUUCAAUGACAGAAGAAUUCUCGCCAUGGCCUUCAGAGAGUGGCAAGAACAAUUCAUCUCUGAGCGCAAAGCCAAGGACUUUCUUGAGGCCAAAGAAAUCGAGUGUUCUUUGGAUAUUUUAAGAACUUGGCAUGAAUGGGCAAACGGUGUGCGAACCCGACGUGUCCAGUGGCGUAACUUCCACAGGUCUCUUGAAAUAAAGACGAUGAAGGGUAUAUUUAGCGCAUGGCGAGAGCAGGUGUUGCAGCGAGAGCAUGCUGAGCAAUACUAUCAUCAUACCGUUAUGAGGAAGGUUCUCUUAUCUUGGAGAAGAACUGUGCAAGCGUCGAUUGAAAACAGGCUAAAGGCAUCGGCUCUAAAGGAAAGCUGUUCUAAUAAUUUGCUUAAAAGAAGUUUUACAUUUUGGCGUCGUCUGUAUCUCCAUCGUCAACUCGCGCUCAGUCAUGCCCAGCAAAAGGACCGAGACUUACUGAGAGAACGGUUUUUGGAUUGGAGAGAUUAUACCUUAGAGAGUCGAGCUGAAAAGCACUAUCUGAAGGCUAUGGUUAAGAAGUUCCUUAAAGGCUUGGUUUCGAUAUGCACACACGAAAACUCGCUGUAGAAAAACACUCGCUGAUAUCGAAGCGUCCAGGAAUCAAGACCUUAUAUCGAGGUCAUUUUUCACUUGGAGAGACCGUUUCACGAGGAAUGCGUCCAACCAAGAGAUCCUGGAUGAACACCUGAGGAAUAAACAGUUCCAGAGUCUUGAAUCUUGUAUGCUGAAGUGGCACAAGUACACGUUGAACUGUCGUGCGCUCAAACACCAUGAUGGACGACUGCAGUACAUGAGUUUGAUGAAAUGGCGGCUUCGAUUAUCCCAGAAGAAAGGACUCGAGAAAAUCAUGGAGAGAGUGUUCUAUCGACGUAUACGACAAGCUGCCGUUCACUGGAGACAAUGGACAGUCAAGACGAAGAGAGAACAAGCAAGGGCUGACGAGUUUCAGUUCGAGAUGGGGAAUCGACAUGUCAGAGUUUGUUUCGCUUACUGGGUGAACAGCACAGAACAGUCUACCCGAGCAAAGGACCAUCACAACAACACUGUGUUGAAACGGAGUCUAAUGGUGUGGCAGUCGGUGAUAACGGCCAAGAUAAAGCAACAAAAAAUCAUGGAAAAAUUCCAGAAAGAAGUAAUGGCUAAAAAGGUUGGUCGGAUGUUCAAGGAAUGGCGUGCGGCUUUAAAACAGGCUCAGAAGCACAAUCAACUUGUAAGCAUUCAAAUGAGCAAGCACAACAAGCUGGUUCUCCAGGGAUGUAUGAGACAAUGGAAGAAGUACAUCCAGAAAUGUCGAGCCGACAAACACUUCAAUAUCGUUCUUACUGCACGGUUCUUUUUGAAUUGGAAAUCAAGAUUUAAUGAAAGAAUGGAACGAAAACAGAAAGAAAAGGAAUUAGGAGAUAUUGCUUUAGAUCAUUACCAUCAUCGCCUGAGAAAACUAUGCUUCCGCUCCUGGUAUUAUGACGUCCUUGUGGGAAAACAUCUCGAGAUGAAACAGCAACAACUAGUACACAAGCAUUUUCAUUUAUGGAAGAAGAAACAGAGGCUGAAAACAAUUGCAAGUGAACUGGGUGAUCGACAACUGUAUUCCAAGUACUGGGGGAAAUGGAGAAACCAACUUGUUCGUAAACGAGUGUCUGAGCUCAUGAUGAAGCACGAAGAAAAGAAACUGCUAUCAGAGGUUUUUGGUGCAUGGUAUAAGCUUACCAUGAUAAGACGAAGACUUCUGAUGGAAUGGAACAUCGCAGUGGUUGAGAAAUGGUUUAGAAAGUGGAUGCAGAAGUACAACGAGUCUUAGGUUAAACAGUACUAUCACACAUAUGUAGGCUGGGACUUAUCAGCAUCCAUAUUAGAGUGCAUACCAUAUAUAUCUGUGAUAAACGUUAAUUAACAAAAUCGUACAAAUUAGUGCAAAGUUUUGCAAACCUGCAAUUGUUAGAUCUUGUGCCUGAGAUCAGUAAUAUAUUUCUAUGAUUUUUUUAUCAGAUAUGAUUUAAACUGUAGAUAUAGAAUCAUAUUAUAAUUUUACAGAUGACAGAAUUAACAAAUAUUUUGUAUUACUAUUUUUAUCCAUUUUCAUUUUGUAAAUCGAUUUUUUUAAAUCAAAGUAUGCCAUUGUACAUUAAAAAAAUAUUAAAGAUUGUAUAUCUUUUUGUUUUAAGUACGUUUGAAAGCAUUUAUUUCUAAAGAUCCAAUCUUGGAGUCUCAGUCAAAUCCAAUUAGUGGUCUAUCAUCAAUGCUGCGCUUUGAUUGGAUGCGCUACUACACCUUUUGCUGUUCAUUAACCGCAAAGGAAUAUUCAUUAAAUCAAAGAAGCAUUGUCAUU